GCAUUCGCCCUCGCACAGGCACGGGCAUUUAUGCUGUUGACUUAAACACCAUUUUCCAAUACAUCACCUGUGUAUUGUUUAAAAGCGGGAACAGCCAAAUUAGGCAAGUAUAGGGAAGAAAGGAAAGUCGCCCCACUCCUAGAGAUAACCAUUGAAAAUAGUUCGGUUAAUUUCCUGCCUGGCUUUUCCUUACACCCACUUUUGGCGCCUUAAAUCGGGAUCCUCGGGACAGCGCCCCUUCCUCGCUCUGGUCCUGCUCAGGAAGGGUCACCAAGUGCCCGGGUCACCUCCGCCCCACGGUGCCCUAGGGCUCUUCCCGGACACAGACGUUCCGGCUGCGGGGUCGCGGACGGGCGGGGUGUGGGCCGAGAGCCGGGCCGCCCGGGCCGCGCCGAGAGGCGGAGACACGGCGACAGCAGCGGCGGGGCUCCGCCCGGGGCCGGCCCACGCUGGGGUCUCAGUGCCCGCCGGGAGGUAGGAGACGCCCCAGGCUCGCGCCCCCCGCCGUCGCCGCCUUUCCGGGAGGCGCAGCCCGGGCGCGCGGCCGGUGCGGUGGCGCGGCUCGCAGCAGCCAGCGGCCAGGACCCCACACUCAUGGCCAGCCUUGGGAAGCCCGGGGCUGGAGAGGCCCAGGAGGAGGAGCGGGAAGAAGAGGAGGCCUCCAUGAGGCCACGGGCAGCCAUGCUGGCGCAGGCCAAGGAGCUGUUUCUGCUGUGUGACAAGGAGGCCAAGGGUUUCAUCACCCGGCACGACCUGCAGGGCCUGCAGAGUGACCUGCCCCUCACCCCGGAACAGCUGGAGGCUGUGUUCGAAAGUCUGGACCAGGCCCACACAGGUUUCCUCACCGCCCGAGAGUUCUGCCUUGGCCUGGGGAAGUUUGUGGGGAUGGAGUCCGCCCAGGGCGCACUGCCCUCCCCGGCUUCUGAGGAAACCUUUGAGUCGGGCUGGUCGGAGGUGCAAGGCACGGGGGUCUCCCUGGAGGAGGAGGAGGAAGAGGAGAGAUUCUUCACUGCGUUGGAGCAGCUAGGGGUGGCUCGGGUCCUGGGCGAGCAGCGGGUGGUGAGGACUCUCUGGACCCGGCUGCAGCGCGAGAGGCCCGAGCUGCUGGGCUCUUUCGAGGACGUUCUGAUACGUGCGUCGGCCUGCCUGCAGGAGGCGGCCAGAGAGCGGGACGGCCUGGAGCAGGCGCUGCGGCGGCGGGAGAGCGAGCACGAGCGGGAGAUACGGUGUCUGUAUGAGGAGACGGAGCAGCAGCUCCGCGAGCAACGCCGGCGCCUGCGGAGUCAGGACCUUCCUCGAGAGGAGUGGAGAGACCACCUGGAGCUGGAGCUGCAGAGCCGCGAGCAGGAGCUGGAACGCGCGGACUUGCGGCAGCGGGAGUUGGAACAGCAGCUGCAGGCCCAGGCCACUGAGCAGCUAGAGGCGCAGGCGCAGAACGCCCAGCUGUGGCUGGCCAACGAUGCUCUGCGGACGCAGUUGGAGGGGGCGCAGGAGCAGCUCCGAAGACUGCAGGGCGACGUGCAGGGCCGCCAGGAACAAACCCAAAGGUCACCACCUCCUGCCCGCAGAGACGUGUUCGCCGUCGCAAGGAACAUGCAGAAAGAGAAGCUCAGCCUCCUGCGGCAGCUGGAGAUCCUCAGGGAGCUGAACACGCGGCUACGAGAUGAGAGGGACGCCUGUGAGGCCAAGCGGCUGGGCAGUGGCCGCAGGAAGGCUCUGACCACGGCCCGCCUACUGGGUCCCACCUGCUGCUGCUGCUGCUGCUGCUGCAACUGCAACUGGGCUCGUCCCCCAAGACGUGGCUCAGGCCACCUUCCCAGUGCCCGCUGACCAGCCCCAAGUGACUUAUUGGGCGUUACCUGGAGAAGCUGCCCCCUUGAAUGUUAUUAUGGCCGGAGCUGUCCAUUCUGGAUGUGGGCUCUACCUAGCGGGCUGCCGGUCUACCUGACUGCAGUCAUGAAGGGACUAACCUGAGGGUGGUCUGGGUCUCCUAUGUCCCCCUUCGUGUCCUGUCUGUCCCCAUCCCAUCAAACCCACCUCUGUCCAACAGAAAAGCCCCCUCCUCCAAAUAAAUCCAUUGACUGUACUGCAA